AUGAAGGAGUAUGUCGAGGUCACGUUCGAGAUGGAGUAUGGCGACAACACCCGCAAUGUGCUCGUGCUCCUGGGCUUUGUCUUACUCUUCCGUCUCCUCGGUCUUCUCGCGAUGCGCUAUGUCAACCACCAAACGCGCUAA